AUAAACAGUUAUAUCUCCUAAGAAUAUUAGUUAAAACGCACAUGCAAUAUGUGCUAAUCUAAUUAGGGAAUCCAAAAAUAGAACAUGCUAAAAUGAUUAUGUAUAAUUGCAUUUUCUGGGGAAACUUUAUCAAAAUAUCUGUCAGUGCACAUAUUUCAGUCAAUAUGACAAAUAUCUUGUUCUAUUAUUUCAUCUUCCCAUUUUUAGUUUCUUCCAUAUUUGGUAUUGAGACAAACGAGCAGCCUCAAGGAGGUGAAAAAGAAGAACCUGUCAUAAGGGAACCUAGAUCUCCUAGUCCUAGGGGAGGAGGAGGACAUGGAGUUGGGGGCUUUGGAGGACAUGCAUUUGGUGGUGUUGGGGGGCAUGGAUUUGGAGGUUUUGGCGGACAUGGAGGAGGUAGAGGCCUAGGGGAUGGAAGUGGUUUAGGCAGAGCCUUCGCUGGUUUGGGGCGAGGGUACGCUGCGGGUAGAGGAGGAUUUGUAGUGCCACCUUCUUUUCUCUUGAGAAGACACCAAGAACAAUCAUUCUAGAAAUCUAGCUUUGUGUUGCAAUAUGUAGGGAUGACUGUGAUUUCAUCAAAUCAAAAUUAAACCUUGUUUACAUUUGUGUGAUAAGGUUGUAGGAUAUUUAAAAUGAAACCCAAAUUUAACAAUACUUAUUAAAAAAUGUAUUUUUACAAUUAAAAUAUAUAUUACAGGUGCUAUGUAUAGACUCUAUCUACAAUAUAUAGGCACAUAAUAUCGCAAAUAUACAAAGUGUAACAUUACAUAAUUAAUAAAUGUAUAACAUUAAAUAAUGUACACAUUAUUAUUGUAACGGCGAACCAGUUAAAAUAUCGUAAAG